UUGGUCUUUAUUACGAUGUCGUAUGGUGUCAAGGUGCAGAAUAUAGGUAAAAAAUUUGGUGGUGUCAGUGUCUCGGCUCGCUACCGGUUGUCUCGUUUCAACUAUGAACUCAUAGCGUAUAUAAGUUGUGGGGGGCAGCGCCCGCCGGCAGAGCAGCCUGUCUCGUAUCCGGGAACGCAGUCACGAAAUAUGAAGAUCUUUUUGGCGCUCACGGCGCUCGUGGCCGCGGCGGUGGCCGACAUCGGCAUCACCAGCGGCACUGCGCCCGGUUUCAACUACAAGGUGCCGCACACGUCGUACGGCGUGCCCUCGCACCAGCACGGAAGCUCCAGCUACAAGACCGGCUACUCCAGCUACUCCGGCGCCGGCAACCUCGGCAGCGCCAACCUCGGCAACGCUGGCGGCGUCAAGGGCUUCUCCAACAACUACUACAAGGGCUACAGCGGCCUCAACGCCUUCCCUAGCGCCGGUGGCAACUACCAGACCAUCCAGUCCAGCAGCUCCCAGCACUCCAGCGGCCCAGUCGGCGGAGCGCACUACGACUACCAGAGCGGAUCCCAAUACAACAAUGGAAAUGCUUACCAAACUCAAAACUUAGGUUCUCUGGGCCAGUACUCCUCCGGUCUUAACACUCCCACCUACCAAUACUCGGCAGCACCAGUACCUCUGUCGACUGUACAGUACCAGUACGGAAACCAGUACCAGAACAAGUACCAGUCUUCUAUCCAGCAGCAGUACCAGGAGUACUACAGGCAGCAGCAACAGCAGCCCGCGCAGGUGUUCAAGCACUUCUACCUGCACUCCGCGCCCGAAGAGCCCGAAGAGCCCAAGUACCGUCAGGUCCCGGUGCUGCCACCCCCACAGAAGCACUACAAGAUCAUCUUCAUCAAGACCCCGUCGCAGCAGGCCGCGGCUCCUCAGCUCGUCCCUGUCCAGCAACAGAACGAAGAGAAGACCAUUGUUUACGUUCUUGUCCAGAAACCCGAAGAAGGUGGAGAGAUUGUUGUGCCCAAGGUUGAACAGAAGCCCCCAGCGAAGCCUGAAGUGUUCUUCAUCAAAUACAACAGCAAGGAAGGGUCUGAGAAUGUGAUUAACAACAUAGUGAACGACUACAACACUAAGAACCAGGCCGGCUCUGUGAGCUACUCCGGGGUCGAGACUCCGGCUCUCUCCAGCUCCUCUGACGCCUCCUACUCCCUGCACGGCGGCAACUCGCACCCCAUCGCCACCCCGCUGUCGGGCCAAGCUGUCGAGCAGAACAGCCAGACCAUCUUCACCGCGUCCACCCCUCUGCCCGUAAACCUGAUCAACACGUCUGACAACCAGAACUACGCUUCCGCGGAGGCCUCCACCCUGGGAGGGUUCCAGAACGACGCCGAGGCCAGCGCUAUCGCUCAAUCCGGCUUCUCCAAGGACCAAACACAAAACUUCGGAACCGUAAACACACUUUCUACCAUCCAAGGAGUCCCCCACGAGACCUACGGUAUCCCCAAGUUCAGGGAAAACUAGAUAAUUAGUGUAUAAGUUCAUGAUUUAAAUAAAUUUAAAUGUAAAUAAAGAAAGUUUUUUUACGUGUAAA